CUGGUACGGGAUCCAUAAUGCUUGAAGAGAAGCGAGACGUCGAAAAUGCUUGUCAGAGUGAGUCUGCGAAGUGAUUGAUGCCAGAGUCCGCCGACAGUAGUGUAUCUAUAAUCCUUGGUGGCGGGUCUCUGCCAAGGCUCAGUCGACGGAUUUAGCUUGCCCCGCCAAACAACGACGAAGCUCGUUGCGUGCGCAUACCUACCUGGACCGUAUUGACCGCAUAACCGUAGGUUUGACAUGAUUCUCAGGGCGCUAUAUUGAUCAAUCACAUCCACGAUAUGUCUCAAAGCCUCCGCCCGUACCUGCAGUGCGUCCGAUCAUCAUUGACGGCCGCCUUGUCACUCUCCAACUUCGCAUCGCAAACCUCUGAACGGCAUAAUGUCCCUGAAAUUGAAGCUGCUAGCUCUCCGGAACUCCUCCUGAAUCCAUUGACAGUAUCACGAAAUGAAAAUGAGAAGGUCUUCAUCGAACCUAGCGUGAACAGUGUCCGCAUCAGCAUCAAGAUAAAACAGGCCGAUGAAAUCGAACAUAUUCUCGUACACAAAUUUACGCGGUUCUUGACUCAGAGAGCUGAACAUUUCUUUAUAUUACGGAGGAAGCCGGUCAAAGGGUAUGAUAUUUCCUUCUUGGUCACGAAUUUCCAUACGGAAGACAUGUUGAAGCACAAGCUUGUCGACUUCAUAAUUCAGUUCAUGGAAGAGGUAGACAAAGAGAUAUCGGAGAUGAAACUUUUCUUGAACGCCCGAGCAAGAUUUGUUGCAGAGUCUUUCCUUACACCAGUAAGUUUCGAAAGUACACUGUUUGCCGAUGGCUCACACGAAAUAGUUCGACUGAUCGGGCAAUCCCUUGAAUGGCUUCGGAAAUCUUGGCAUUACGAUAUAGCCACAUCACUACAUGCAAUGCCAUGUCAUUUCAUGACCAUGGCAAUUUAUUGCUAGGUCUCAAGUAAGCUUGGACGAUUCAAGGCAAGCGUGGUUGCGAGAAGCAGAACUAAACAAGGCGAUAUAGCGAACAAUUAAAUGACAGGUUGCUACCGUUGUGCUUUAUACGGGACUGUAAGUAGAGUCUCCGAUUUUGUGAUAUGCUCUACUGCCCCUGCGCAAAUAAAUUUUGAACUUCCAUUUUAUGUUGUUUGACUAAGAGCCAAUUGCCUGUAUCAUAAGGCCGUCACAGACUGCUACUCUGUCAAAAACAUUAUCGUAGCUUUCAC